GAUAAUUAUACGAAUCGAAUGAGCGCAGCAAACAAAUUAAAAACAAGAAAAAUUAUAUUUUCCUGGCAAACCACUAAAAUCUUCAAUGCGGCAGGACUUUGGACAGGAUCAGUGGUCAAUCGAGGACGACUCACUGUUCCAGGCUUGCGGUCUGAUUGUGGCCGCGCCGCACGCCGAGAAGUCCAUAUUCAUCACCUGGAAUCAGUACUAUUUGCUUAACUUCCGUUUCAAGAAGCCGAAAGCAGACAGCAGCCGCGUCAAAAUGACAAAGGUGCGGAUACCACUGCCCACGAGCGCGAGUGGCAGUUACCUGAGGAGCGUGCACCCGCUGAAGUUCAACACGAUGCUGCUGAUGUCCGACGGCGGAAUCUACUGCUUCGGUUCCUUCAAGGCUCUGCAUGCCAUACAGUGGCUAAGUGGCGUUCGCUGCUUUGCCAUAGUCGGAAAUGGAUUCAGCGUGAUACGGGAGGAGGAGCAGCGCCUGCUGCUGCAGACCUACCUCGAUCUGCCCGGCUUGGAGAAGGGCGAGAGCACGCUGCAGCACACGUUCGACAUAACGUACGACGAGCAGAACAUAUUCCAAUGCGACUGGCAGCAUGACGAGUACACGCUGACCACUCUAAGGGUAUCCUGCGAGACGGAGCAGCAGUUCACGCAGCGCCUGUUCGGGGUUACAGCUGCCCAGCAGGAGUACGUCCACAUCUUCAGCAUUGGCGGGCAUGUGUUUGCCCUGUGCCAAAACGAGCCUCGUAACGAAGGCGGGGAAAGUCCGUACCAGAUCGAGCUGCUGUGCGUUUACGCUGCAAUAGUGAAGUUCAUCCGCAUCCUGCCCGAUCAGAACUUCUGCUUGGUGUUCCUCAGCAAUGGAAGCGUGGACAUGUGGUACGUUUCCUGUUUGCUCGACAUCAAGCAGCGCCAGAUGCAUCACACGGGCGCCGAGUGGCUGGACUACGAUGCGACCAGUGAGAACGGCGAUUUCUACUACACCGACGGCAUGCAGGUGGUGCGACUGAGAUUCAAGUACAACAGCCAGCUGGACGAGUGCUAUGUCCACACCCUGGUCAAGCCAGUUCCCGGCAUACAGUGCUGCACUUUUCUGCACCUCAGCGAGCAAUUGGUUUGCCUCAGCGACAACAACAUAUUCUAUCGCAUCGCCUUUGCGGCAACCGAUCAUAACACUGACUCCCCAAUGGGCGACUUUACAGCCGAUGCCAUAGAACGGAUGCGGCACAAUGCUCAAGCCUUGGAAGCGUAUCAACGGCAGCCGGCUGUCCUCCAGGAGGCCCUGCAGAAGGAGUACGAGAAACAGCAACUGAUUGCUGUGGGCAGGAAUCGCUUCGACGAAAGCCUCCAGGCAUCCCUCGAAUUCCAUCGUCGAAUUCCCUGUCUCGACGACGACACUGUCCUGCUCCUGCAACCUCAACCUCAAGAGCCGCCUAGUAAAGCAGGUGGUCUGUAUGCCGUGCUAAACCUCACUGUCAUCAACAGCCAGCCCCUACUGCACAGCAAUACCUGGCAGCUUUUGAUAUGCUUUGACCACAACAUACAUGGCUUUGUGUUGCCCACGGAUGUACUCUUAAACAGGAGAUGCCGCAUUAUAGUGCCGUUAAGAAAGAUGAAGGACGACUUUCUGCCUAGGUUUAGCAUCAAAUUGGUGGCCUUUAUUGAGAUAAGCAGCCUCAUAAGUGCGGUCCUUCUUCCCGUGACGGUGACCAAGAGUGCAAGCACUUACCGUUCUGUUUUCAGUGCCACUCGAAAAGAGGACAUUUGCUCGAAUGACCAGCAAAAAGCAACGAGCAAGGCACCACCAAGUGAGCCCGUAAUUCAGCAUACAAUUCGUCUCGGCAAUAGCUUGACUCUACCUCAAAUUGCUUGUCUUUUUAAUGGCUCUAAAGCCUCUAGUGACAGUUCAUUAGAAUUGUACUUUCUGGACGACGCCAAGCUGCGACUCCAAAGGAUUUCAAAUGAUUCCAAUGGAACGUUGGAGAGCGAAGACGCUUCAGCGAUUUACUAUUUUAAGCAGCAUUUACUUCUGAACGGAGACACCCGCGACCCAGAACCCAUAACCUUGGAUCAAAUAUUGAAAUUCCAAUGUGAAACAAAGCGAUUGAGCACUAGUAAGCAAAAUGAAAAUUUCUUAGAGUCUGGAGAAAAUGUUGCUAUGCGUUUGGAGUCAAAAUAUAGAGCCUUAAGAAGUGUUAUUUUUUAACAGAUUGCAGAAGUAGUAGAAGUAUAUAUUUAUUCAGAAUAGGCAUGGUAUAUAACAUCGGUAUGUUUCACACUUUUUUUGUUUUGUUUUACAAAACAUAAUUACAUACAGACUAUAAUAAGACAAAAGUUCAAAGUUACAAAAAUAAAAAAAUUCUUUAUUAUGGUUUAAUAGGAUUAAUUUUUUAUUAGGAACUCUAAAAGCUAUGCGUUUAAAUUGUUACAUAGAAAAAUAAAUUGUAAAUACGAUUUAAUUUGUAUUUGAAAACAUUAUAGGUAAUGUUUAUAUUAACGGAUUUUUUAUACACAGAAAUAAAGUAUUUAGCUAAGGUUAUUAUAUGUAUAAUAUAUAAUUAAUUUUAUAAUUAUAGAUAUUUAAUAAGCCUUUAU